AUGGAGGAGGAGAAGGAUAGUAGAGUAAUCAGCGACAUAUUAACCAUGUCGCAGGGAGCCAUGGACCGUCGCGAGCGCAUGAAACUAGAGGUGUUCGACGAGGUCAUCCUUCGUCUCCGUAAAUCUGAUAUUAUUGAAACGGAUCUUCCCGGUUUCGCCGACGAUCUCUGGGCUCACUUUAAUCGCCUCCCGGCCCGGUAUGCAUUGGAUGUGAAUGUGGAGAGGGCUGAAGACGUUGUGAUGCACCAGAGAUUGCUUCUUUCAGCUAUUGAUCCACAGAACAGGCCUGCUUUCCAAGUCCGUCUCGUCCAGCAACUAAAACCUCUGCCUUUUCCACGUUCCAGCAUUCAUCCUCCCCCUGCCUUUGGUUCUUCUCCCAAUCUUGAAGCACUUGCGCUUGCUGAGUGUGACAACUCUGUCCGUAACCAUUCCCGGUAUGUUCUUUCUUAUAACAUCAAAUGUCUUUCCUUUCCUUCUGGCAUUCUAAUAUUGAUUUUCUCUUGCAGCCCCUUGCAUGAGAUCACCUUUUCCACAUUAGACAAACCUAAACUCCUUUUCCAGUUUACUGCAUUGCUUGCUGAGCUUGGCCUCAACAUUCAAGAGGCCCAUGUUUUUUCUACAACUGAUGGCUUCUCACUUGAUGUUUUUGUCGUUGAUGGUUGGCCCUACGAGUGUCAUGUCUUGCUGUGUGUUAUUAAUGAAUUUCAUUACAUUCAGUUGCAGGAUCAAAGCUGGCCUAUGCAGCAAUCCUUCUCUCCUGAAAAGGGGAACGGGACAGCGAAAGAUCAUGUCGCAAUACCCACUGAUGGAACUGAUGUUUGGGAAAUCAACCUUAAACAAUUAAAAUUCGGGCAUAAGAUAGCAUCUGGUUCUUAUGGAGAUCUGUAUAAAGGUACAUACUAUAGCCAGGAAGUUGCUGUUAAAAUCCUCAAGCCAGAGCGUCUAGAUUCUGAGCUAGAGAAAGAAUUUUCCCAAGAAGUCUUUAUUAUGAGGAAAGUUAGGCACAAAAACGUUGUUCAGUUCAUUGGUGCUUGCACCAAGCCUCCACAUCUUUGUAUUGUUACAGAAUUCAUGCCCGGUGGAAGUGUAUAUGACUAUCUACACAAGCAAAAGGGCGUGUUUAAGCUUCCAGCUUUGUUUAAAGUAGCUAUAGAUAUUUGCAAAGGGAUGAACUACUUACACCAAAAUAACAUAAUUCACAGAGAUUUGAAGGCUGCCAACCUUCUAAUGGACGAAAAAGAGGUUGUUAAGGUUGCAGAUUUUGGGGUGGCUAGAGUAAAAGCACAAACUGGAGUUAUGACAGCUGAAACUGGAACAUAUCGCUGGAUGGCUCCGGAGCUUCCAUAUGAAUACAUGACGCCAUUGCAGGCAGCGGUAGGGGUGGUCCAAAAGGGAUUAAGGCCAAAAAUACCGAAGAAGACGCAUCCGAAAAUGAGAGAGCUAAUGGAGAGAUUGUGGGAGAAGGAUCCAACGCUGAGACCAGACUUCGCAGAGAUCAAAGAGCAGCUAGAAGAGAUAGCCAAGGAAGUAAGUAAGAGAAGGAAAUAUCAGGUGGUUAUGAAAGUAAAAGUAGUUGAAUUAAAUGUUUGUUUGUGUGUGUGUGUGGUAGGUAGGAGAACAAGAGGAGGAGAAGAAAAAAAGAGCAUCAACAGGAGGAGGGGGUAUCUUUGCAGCACUGAGGAGAAGUGCAACAACACAUCAUUGAAAAACAUAGGUAUAGCAAUUUGA